GCAUUGCCUGGUGAGAUUCGAUUUCAACCCGCUGACACAGGAGGCUGGAGGGAAGCCCUCCGACAUCGGGGCAUGGCAGUUCUCGAGGGAGUUCUGCCACAGGUGGAACUGCAGGCAACUUUGGAAGACAUCUGGUCGUGGUUGGAAGGUGUCGGCAGCGGAGGCGCGGUUUCCAGAUCCGAUUCAUCCACUUGGACCAUGGGCGAUGGUCGAUGGCCGAAGGACAACAUGUCCACCGGCAUCGUUUGUGUUCGAGGUGCUGGGCAGUCAGCGGGAGCAUGGAGGGUCCGCGGGCAUGCCGCUGUGCAGGCGGCCUUUGCACGCUUUUGG